AUGUUCGACCAGCUUAACGUCCCUCGAACCGCCAUAGCGACAGACAAUCCCGUCCUCUUCGACGAUGGACGUGCUGCCAUGGAGUUCUACACACCAUCAAACAAGUACUUUGGGAGACAAAUUAUACCGGUCGGGAACAGAUGGAGUGAUGGAACCCGAAGCUUUAUGGCCCCGGUCGCGCACUACCAUCUACUGCAGACCGAAACUUUCCACGUCGAGUCCGGGCGUGGUCUCUGGUAUCUCAAAGGCAAGACCAUCGAGCGCAGUGCAGGUCAAGACAUCACCAUCCCCAAGUACACCUGGCACACCUUUGAGAACCACCCGGACAGCGCGGAACCACUGGUGAUCCUCUACCGUUACGAUUCGCAACGAUUCAUCAUGGAGGAGUCUUUCUUUCGGAACACCCUGACUUACCUGUGGGACUGCGGCCGUGCUGGAGUGGAGCCAAGUGUACUGCAGCUCAGCGUCUUCAUUGUGGCCGCCUGGAUGCCUGCGGACUUUGUUCAGUGUCCCGGGGACUAUCUGAGCUGCUUUGUCAACACCUUGGCAAUGUGGAUGUUUGCUUUCAUUGGGAGAUUCGUCUAUGGGUACAAGUCGACAUAUCCAGAAUAUUGGGAUGAGGAGUACAUCCGAACGCGCAUUGGCGAGGAGUCCAAGAAGGCAGCUUGA